AAUGCAAUCAAUCUUACUACCAAAAAGUGUUUGCACAACUAUUGAUAGCAUGAAUCGAAGGUUUCUAUGGGGCUCUGAUGCUACAAAUAAACCACAUUUGGUUAAUUGGGAAACUGUAUGCCAGCCACGGGAGCUUGGAGGUCUGGAUCUUCGAUCCGCCAGGGAGAACAACCAGGCCUUGGUCACAAAGCUUGGAUGGCAGUUAAUCUCUGAUCCUAAUAAGCCUUGGUUUAAGGCUCUCCUAGCAAAAUAUCUGAAAAAUGGUUCCUUGAUUAAUUGCUCAAUUGUCCAAACAGCUUCAGUUACAUGGAAAAACCUUCUGAGGUGUAGAAGUGUUUUACAGUUGGGUUUGAGAUGGAGAAUUGGUGACGGACAACGGGCAAAAUUUUGGCAAAACAUUUGGGUGGGGGAUAAGCCUUUGCAUGAAGAGGCUCUCUCGCCAGUCUUACCAGCACUUAUGGAUAUUCCUGUUUCCCAUGCUAUUACCCCUUCAAAUGAGUGGAAUGAGGCCUUACUUAGGCACCUCCUCCCUGGCACCGUUGUUGAGGAGAUUUUGGCAAUACCGAUCCCAAUCUAUGGACAGCAAACAAAUAGAGUGUUUUGGAAUGGCUUGCAAGAUGGGAUGGUGUUGGAAGCAAACAUCCUAGUGCAUACUUGUGCCCCUAGAUGGGUACGAUGGAUCCCACCUGCAUUUCCAUUUCUGAAAUUGAACACGAAUGGGGCAUUGAAUCAUUCCACAGGAAGGGCUAGUGCAGGUCGGCUUCUCCGUGAUCAUGAGGGGCGAUGGUUGUAUGGUUUUGCCAUCAACAUUGGACCACAAUCUAGUCAUAUGGCUGAGCUUUGGGGUUGUCGUUCUGGGCUUCAUUUAGCUUAUGAGUUGGGAAUUUCUCACUUGGUUCUUGAAAUGGACUCCCUUUUGGCGGUGCAAAUGAUCCAAGCGAGGAAACCAGGAGAUGGCCUCACUUCUGUGCUGUUAUUGGAUAUCUUCCAUUUACUAAAUUCCUUCACAAUUUGUACAGUCCAACACACCUUGCGGGAAGGGAACUCAGCGGCAGAUUUCUUGGCCUCUAUUGGCCAGCAUCUUACUCCUGGCACUACCUUCUUCUCAACUCCUCCAGUGGGUAUUGGGAGUAUUCUCCAUGGUGUUAGCAUAGUAACCUCGUUCCUCAAGACUUAACUAUAUUUUAGUUUCUUAUGUACCAAAAAAAAAAAAAACAAAUUAAUUUCCUUUGG